AGUGGUGUGUUAUUUUGUUUUCGCAUGUUAUAACAGUUUCUGAUUCUUGGUUAUCGUUCGGCUUCAUUUUGUUCCAUAAGUCUACAAACAAAACAAAAAAAAAAAACUCGUCUGUUCUUUCUUUCAUACUGUUUUUUCGACCGCCGACCCGGUUAUCCGAUUUCAAUACAUUUUUUUUUUUUGAUAUAAAUUCAUUUUCAAUACAUGAAUCAAAAUCAAAAUAAUUAUGAUUUAACAACUAAUACAACCUGUGUGUUGAAAUUGUGUUCCAGUCAAUAUUAUUGUUUCUUUUACCGAAGAAAGAUUCAAUAACAUCAUUCAUUCGAUUGUUCGUGUCUUAUUUGGUCUUUUUUAUUUGUAUCUGUGAGUGCGUGUUUUUUGUGAUGCAAUAUAUUUAUUGUUCAAAGUGACAAACAGAUUUUAUUUGUUAAAAAAUCAAAAACGGAACUGAUUUUCCAGUCCUUAUUAUUUUUUUUCACACGUUCAAUUCGAAAUGGAUUUUCAAUCAAUGAUGGAAACUUUUGCUGAAGCAUGGGUAGCUGCCAACACUCAGACACCAUUAACGGAAGCAGCCGCUGCUGCGGCAGCUGCUGCUACUGACCAUGCCAAUCUGUUUAUGGGACUUGGCGCCGCAGCUACGAAUAAUAGUACUGGUAGUAGUGGAUCACCACUUAUUUCUGAUACGGAAUCACGUGGAAUCCGUUCAACAACCCUAUCAACACCUGCAUCAUCAGCCAAUAUUGCUCCACAAUCAUCAUCGGUGACGGCUUCAUCACCUGUGAAUCAAUCACCACCAGGGUUAAAUCUAUCAUCACUUCAUCAUCAUCAUCAUCACCUUCAUCAACAACAACAACAACAACAUCAUCAUCAUCAACAUCAACAUGGUACAUCGCCAACAACCACAGCAACGACAAUGACGACCUCGACAACAAAUCCAGAUACAUCGGCCGUAACAUGCGAUGAAUCAUUAACGGCUGCAUUUGGACAGGCUGCUGUUGCUGCAACACAUUUACUCGAUAUCAAGGAUGUAAUCGGCGCUGCUAAUGGGGGUAGUUGUGAUCAACAACUAAACGCUCGAAACACGUUACCCAUUCAUUGUAUAAUUGAACGAAUGAAUAGCACAAUAUCGACCAAUGGAUCAUCAUCGGGUCAACAACAUCAACAACAACAACAAGUAACCGGAUCUGGAUCUUGCCAUCAACAAUCAACUUCAUCAUCAUCAUCAACACCACCACCAUUAAAUGUUAAUAUUUCAAAUCAAUCGAAUACAAACGAUCUCUCUCAGAUGACCAAUCCAACAUCGACAACCACAACUAGCUUAUCUGUUUCCGCAUCCAAUACUUCAACAACGGCAGGAAACUUAUCGAAUUCAUCAACAUCAUCAUCAUCAUCAACACUUGCAGCCGGGACUAUAAUAGAACAGGAUACCUAUGCUAUUCUACCAUCAACCAUUCCAUAUGCGGAUAUAAUACGAGCCGUACUUACUAAACUGGGAUAUGCAUCACAAGAAAUGGUUGGCGCCAAAGCUUUCAUACAACUUCGUAAUUGGAAACCAUUAACAUUGGAUCAAAUAAGCGAUCUGGCCAACAACGAAAUCACGAUUGGCGAUCUAUUCGGUGAUAUCUGUUCAUUCAUCACAUUACGAAUUCGUCUAUUUAGGCCACGAAUGAGUGCUGCACACGAGCUUAAGGAUAAACUUCUUCAAGUGCUACUAGCACAUUCUUACAAUUUGCUGACCACCAAUAAUUCCGGAUCUUCCAUCGAUCAGCAAAUACUAUCUUCAUUGAUAAGAGGGCGUGAUCAACAACAACAACAACAGCAAGAAUUAAAUGAAGAUGCUCGCCGCCGAUUCGAUCAAUGGUAUCUGCAACAAGUAUUUAACCAGUAUCGACAAUUUGCAUUGGCAGCUCAACAGCAUUCAGUCUCGGUAUCUGGAUUACGAUCUGGAAAUCCUUCUCCAGGAGCUGCGUCAACUGCUGCUGCUAAUCAUCCAUUAUUUAUGGACAUAAAUAAUCUAGCCAAUGGAAAUGAUACAACAUUAGCGGCAGCGGCCGCUGCUGGUCUACAUCCUUCGCUGGCCGCUGCAGCUGCAGCAGCUGCCACUGCUGGAGUUCGUCCCUCAACCGUAAAUGGAAAUAUCGGUGGUCCUAGUGGCAAUAGCUGUUCUAGCCAGGAUAAACCCUUUGGACAUAGCAAGAAUAGUUCUGGAAAUCAAAAUUCCCAAUCAGGCCAUCACCAUUCAUCGGGCACCAGCUCUCGAACACGAAUCCGUACUUCAUUUGAUCCCGAAUUGGAACUUCCCAAAUUGCAUAAAUGGUUUGCAGAGAAUCGUCAUCCUUCUCGUAUUCAAGUACAAGAAUACGUAAACGAGCUUAAUUCGCUGGAAUCUCGAAAAGGUCGAAAACCAUUGGAUAUGAACAAUGUGGUGUAUUGGUUCAAGAAUGCCCGUGCUGCCCAUAAAAGAGCCGAAUUAAAAUUUGUUUCAAAUGAUUCGAAUUUAAGCAAUCAUUCGUUUGCAAAUGCAUUGGCUACAGAAUUUUUUCUCAAUGGUGGUAAUCACAGCCCAGGUAAAGCCAGUUCAGAUGCAAGCGUUAGUGGUAAAUGUAAUGACGAGCCCAUGUCAAAUACAUCUCGAAACGGCUCCAAUCUCGAUGAUUAUUAUAGCUUUGAUGAAGAUAAUGAUUCACAUGAAGAGACUCAGACACUUGAUUUGUCCAUUCGUAAUCCAUUAUGCAUGUCAACAAAAUUGUCCGAUAGUCCCCAUCAACCAUUAGAAGAUAAAAUGCCUGAUGAUGGUGAUGAUUGUGAUGAUUUCAAAUUUGUCGACGACCUAAAACGCCAUGAUUUGAACGACAUUAGUGAUUUACGACUAGAACCGGAUGUACAACUUAAAAUAGAACCUCGCGAAUAUGGUGGUAGUGCUGUAAGCGGUAACGGUAGUGACUGUAAUUCAAUCGACGACGAAAGCGAUGAUGAUACUGAAGCGACACACAAUAAUAAUAAUUGUGGACAUAAUAAUUCAAUGACAUCGCAUAGUUUAGCCAGUUCGUUUUCAGCCCUCAAUCACAAUAACAAUAGCGGCAAUUCAUCACAUAAUCCAGAAAGUCCUGAAGGGCGUAGAACUCGAAGAAGUCGUACUUUCAUUGAUCCAAUGUCUGAGGUUCCCAGACUAGAAAGCUGGUUCAUGAGCAAUACACAUCCAGCUCAUAGUCAAAUCGUACGAUACACAGACGAAUUGAAUAAAAUGCCUUAUAGACAAAAAUUCCCAAAACUUGAGCCAAAAAACAUUCAAUUCUGGUUCAAGAAUCGACGGGCUAAAUUUAAACGAACAUCGGGUAUGAAUACCUUAACCAUGAAUCUGUCAACGAAUUCGGCAGUUGUAACAUCAUCGGCUGCCUCUAAUGCAUCUGGUACAAGUCCAUCACUUUCUAAUGCAUCAAUUCAUAAUUCAUCUGCAUUGAAUAUCGAACGUUUGAUCAAUGCUCAUUGAUUUUAAUGAUGACAAAUACAUGAUAAUGCUGCUGUCAUGAUCGUUGCAGAUUGUUUGCAUCUACAAUUCAUUCAAUGACAUCAAUGAUAGAAUCGUUGCUUUCUAUUCAGAUUUUAAUUCCUUCCGAAUCCACUUAUUGUUUCACUCUGAUAUUUGCACGAUCAGCGCUGCUGAUUUUAAUUUUUUUUCACCAAACAGGGUUUUGCACUAAUCAUCAUCACAAAUACCAAAUACUGUCAUCGUACAUUGUUGUCCACCAAAAAAAAAAAAAUUGUUUUCAUUCUCAUUAAUACUAAGCUUUAUUUCAUUAUCUAUUUUGUAACAAAUAGCAAAAAAAGUGAUUGUGUAUUUGAAAAAUAAUUGUCAUCACAAAUUGAUAAAAAUCAUUCACUGAAUACAUUCCCCUCAUUUGACUUUUGAAACUAUACAUUAUGAACCAAAAAAUAAUUUUUCAAUUCACUUAUACAAUACACACACACACACAUCACUCAAAUAUAUCAAAAUAACUUGAUCAAUAACAUAUCCUUAUUACCUGAAAAUUAUUAUUUCCACAAUUUUUUUUAACACAUACACACACACACAAUUUACACCCAAGUAAAAUAUGAAUGUCCUGUUUUUUCUAUUUUUUAAUUAUUUAUUAAAUUAUUAUAUCAUUACUAUAGUAUCAGCAUUAUUCACACACACACACACACACAAUUCUUCUUAUUGAUCAUUUUGAAAACGUUGACAUUCAAUGCAAGUUGUCCCGUUAUUCUAUUUGAUUAAUAAUAUAUGAUAAUUAGAUUAAAAUUACCGAAUCUUUACUUAAUAUUCAAUUUUGAUUAUAUUUUGUAUAUUUUACACACACACACACACGCAUACACUAGUCCUCUAUUUUGGAAAUACAAACAAAAUGACAACAAAUCGAUACAUCAAUGAAUUCUGUAUCAAUUCAUCAUUUGUAAAUAAUAUUCAACAUCUUGAAUAUUGAUCUUCGAUCUUUUAUCUGAUUUAAACCAACUACCAAGUUCUUUAGAUUCUUACAAAUGGCAAUCUCAGAUAACUCACCUUUUCAAGAUAAAUUGUGAUUCCAACAUGUCCAAAAAGUACACUUUUACAACAAACAACAACAAAAAAACGCAAACACUUAUAUAGAUGUAUUGAUUCAUGAUUUUGAUGAUCAUAAUGUUGCAUAGUUGACACAUGAUAUCACUUACCAUUUAUUUUACUUUUAGGUCUGAAUUUUCACUUUUAGAAUGUUGCAAUUUGCACAAUUGUUGAGCUCUUGCUCUGUCCCUAUAUUUAUCUUCGUCUUAUCCUUAAUCAUUAAUACAUACUUAUCAAUUCGUAUUCACGAUGAAUGCAAUUUUCAUGACGAUAUUCUCUUUUUUUUGUAAGUUUCAAUCAUAAUGGUCAAAUAAAUUUAAGGC